AUGUUCUUCCCUACCAUUGGUUCGUGGAAUGUUCGAGGUUUUAAUCACGCUGAGAAAGUUCUCAACUGCAAAAGUCUUAUUAAAUCUUUUAAGCUUGACAUGCUUUGUCUUUUGGAGACUCGAAUUCACUCCCCUUCUCUUGAUGAUCCUUUUUUCAAAAUAUCUCAUUCUCUCUUCCCUAAUGAGGAGAGCUGUCAUAAUUUUCAUCUGACUUCUUCUGGUAGAAUCUGGAUUAAAUGGGACUCAAGUAAACUCUGUUUUACUCCUAAUGUAAUCACGAAGCAAAUGAUUAACGGGAAUGUUUUGGUAGGAAACUGUUUCUUGUUUCAGUUGACUAUUGUCUAUGCAGCAAAUAAUGUUUUUGAUAGAAAGGCUCUUUGGCUUUCGAUUGGUUCGGCUGCCCCUCCGUCCAAUAUCCCCUGGUCUAUCUUAGGGGAUUUUAACUGCUGUAGAUUUGGCACGAAAAAAUCUGGAGGUUCUCCCCUUCAUCAUUAUAAUUUGGUAGAUAUUAAUUCUAUGAUUUUUGAUAAUGGUUUGUUGGAUCUGCACUCGGUUGGUAGUUUUUAUACUUGGUAUAACCAGCAAUCUGUGAAUCCUAUUUUUAUCAAAUUAGACCGGGUCCUUGUUAAUGACCAGUGGAAGAGGCAGUUCCCCUCUACUUUCUACUCCUUCCAAAGUUCUUCUUGUUCUGACCAUUCUCCAGCUAUUCUUCAUCCGGGUUUGCCUUCUAAUUCUCAUCACAGAUUCAUGUUUAAGAACUUCUGGACCAAGCAAGAUAGCUACUGGUGUUAUCUUUUAAAUGCUUUUUCUUUGCCUUUGAAUGGUAAUCCGCUAUCUCAUCUUUCAAAUGUCCUAAAGCAGUUUAAAGGGACCAUUAAAAAUCUACAUUGGGCAAACUCUCAUUUUCUUAAUACUCAUUUGGAUGUUCUUCAAGCGAAACAACUGAACAUCCUGGAGCUUAUUCAGGAUAAUCCGUUGGAUGUUCCUCUUAUCUCUUCUCUCAGAGAAUCCAACCUUGAGAUUGCGAAUGCCACUUCUAUGCUUUCUAGCUGGAUCAUUCAAAGAGCAAAAUCUAAAUGGUUGCAUCAUGGAUUCAUACCAAGUGGGAUGAAGGCCACUGCUUUGGCUAUCAUUCCUAAACACCGUAAUGCUUCAUCUAUCUCUGAUUAUAGACCUAUUUCAUUAUGCAAUACUAUAUAUAAAAUCAUUGCUAAAGUGAUUGCAGACAGGCUUAAACCUAUUUUGCCUCUUAUUGUCAAAGACACUCAAGCUGGUUUUGUGAAAUCCAGGAUUUCCACUGAUAGCAUUCUUCUUGCUAACGAUAUUCUCUCUUUUGUCAAUAAAAGAGGUACGGGGAAUAUGUUUUGUGCUAAAAUUGAUAUAAGGAAGGCUUUUGACUCUGUUUCUAGGGAGUUUUUGCUUGCGAGAUUGCUUCAAAAAGGUUUCCCUAGAACUUUCAUUUCUUGGAUUAAAGCUUGUAUUUCCAAUGUGAACUUCUCGGUGGUCAUUGAUGGAGCUUUGGAAGGUUUCUUCCCAUCUUCUGCGGGCCUUAGGCAAGGCUGUCCGCUAAGUCCUUACCUCUUUUGCUUAGUGAUGGACUCUUUCUCUAAUCUUUUAGAUGCUCGUGGUUUCAAGGGUUUUUCUACUGAAAAUUUUAACCUUUCUCAUCUUUUAUAUGCUGAUGACGUGUUAAUUUUUGGUGAAGCUUCAUUAGAAAAUUGCAGACUUCUUUCUUCUAUCCUUAAAGACUUUGGAAAUGCCUCGGGUCUGCAUGUGAAUUAUGACAAGUGCUCUGUUAUGUUCUCUAAAAACCAAAGGAAUCAGGAUAUUUUGUGCGAUGCAUUGUCUAUUCAUAAUAUUUGCUCCAAGAUCUCCUAUCUUGGUAUUCCCAUCUCUUUUAAUAGGCUGAAAGUUGCUGAUUUCUUGCCUUUGAUGGAUAGCUUGCACAAAAAAUUCACGGGAUGGAAAGCUAAUCUUCUUUCUCUAGCUGGUAGAUUGCAGUAUCUUAAAUUCACUAUUCAGGAUACUAUUGCAUAUUGGAUCAGGGGCUCUAUAUUGCCUAAAACUGUUUUUAAGUUUUUUGAGAAAACUUGCUCUAGAUUCUUAUUCUUUGGUGAUAUCACUUCUAUUAACAAGCUACAUAUGGUUUCUUGGGAGAAUGUUUGUAAGCCUAAAGAGAAAGGUGGUUUGGGUAUUCCUAGCCUGCAUGCCAUUCAAUUUGCAUUUAACUGUUCUGUUAUUCAUAGAAUGUAUAAUUGCAUUUCUCCAUUGUCUGUUUGGCUAACUUCUCAAUAUACAUCACCAUGGAGGCCUCCAAACCAUAAAGCGAGUAAAUUCUGGAUUUCUGUCUGUCACACGGCAUCCUCUGUUAAACCUUAUUUUAAGUUUGUUAUUACACCUAAUGCUCCCAUUUCUCUGUUUUGGGAUCAUUGGUGUUAUAAUAACACUCUUCAAGACUUUGUGGGCAACAUUCCGAUGGAAUUUUUCUCAAUUCCAUUACAGAGACAUUAUAUUGCUAAUUCUGCUUGGAAUUUUGCUGCUGCUGUUCCUCAGCAGAUAAGGGACAAAAUUUGCAAUUUACCGAUUUCUAGCACUGCUAGUCCUUGCUUAAUUUUGAAGGAUUGUGUUAAUGUUAAAUUUAAGGAUUUCAUUGAGGAGUUUUACUGCUCUUUGCCUUCUUUCUCUUGGCACAACUUUGUCUGGCACCGAAAAAAUGUUUUGAAGCACUCUGUUUUUGUUUGGCUUGCACUGGUUGGAGGUCUUAAAACACAGGAUGCCUUGAGAAUUAGGAAUAUUAAUGUUCCUGUAAUGUGUUCUUUUUGUUCUGUUGCCCCGGAAACUGUGAACCAUAUCUUCUUUGAAUGUAAUUUCACAUUCUAUAUUCUUAACUCUCUUCUCCCUAUCACUAAAAAUUUUUUGCUUAGACCAAUUGUGCUGCAUCUUAUGGAAUGGCUGGAAUCUGAAUUUUCUGGUGCCCUUCUUUACAAAGAGUUCUUUAUGCUUAUGAUUGUUGCUGGAUGA